UCUCGUAAUCGAUGGAUAUGGAGAUCACGGAGGGAAAAAAGGGAGAGUUGGAAAGGAUUUAGCAAUGACUCACAUGCAUGACACUGCUUGCAGAAUUAUAUAUUUUUUUCACACUAUGGUGCUGAAGCUUGAUUCAGCAAACUUUUUCACCCUACCCCGAGCAAUGAGUUCACUGAGCUGUCAAUCGCCGACUCUGGGCAGUGGUGCCUGGCACAGGGGAGAUUCUGCGCCUUUUGCAUCUUCCUGGGCCAAUAAUGGAUGACAUGGGCUGCAUGUUGCUCCUGGUACACAUCUCGCUGACUCUGGCGGCGACCUUUCUUCUCUGCUGGGUAUUUAAACAGAGGCAACCAGCGGCUCCUCCGUGCGUAGGCGGCUGGAUUCCCUGGUUCAGGGCUUCUUUCCGCUUCGGAAAAGCGCCGCUUGAAUUUAUCGAACAAGCCAGAGCUCAGUAUGGAGCAAUAUUUACUGUGGUAGCUGCUGGGAAGCGACUGACCUUUGUUACAGAAGAAGAAGAUUUUGAGAUAUUUUUUAAAUCUAAAAACGUUGACUUUCAAGAAGCAGUACAGGAGGCUGUCUGGCGUACUGCUUCUAUAAGUAGGAAGAGUUUUACUAGGAGCCACACAGCUGUUCAUGACAUGAUAAAAUGGAGACUGGCUCCAUCAAGAUUGCAUCUUUUCUGCAGUAACCUCUCUAAGGAAUUCCACGAAUGUAUCAUGCACCUUGGAACUAAAGGCACUGAUGACUUGUAUGACCUUGUCUGGCAUGGUAUGUUUUCUGCAGUGGUGAACAACUUGUUUGGAAAAGGCAUAUGUCCCACUGACAGAAGUGCAGUUAAAGAGUUUGGGGACCACUUCCAGAAGUUUGAUAGAGGUUUUGAAUUCGGUUCCCAAUUACCAGAAUUUUUACUAAGGUUGGAAAGGUUGAAGUCGGCAGAUGAUGACUCAAAGACUUUGUUGCAGCAUCUUCUUGAUACUUUGGAUGGAAACUGCGCCACUAAUUACAGUUUACUGUUGCUCUGGGCUUCCCAAGCCAAUGCACUUCCAAUCACAUUCUGGACUCUUGCAUUUAUUAUUUCAAGCCCAUUUGUUUACAAGACCAUUAUGAAAGAACUCUGUUCUGUCUUUAAUGACCAAGGAAAUAAAAAGAUUGGAAUAGAAGAGACUGAUCUACAGAAGCUCCCAUACUUAAAGUGUUGCAUCCUAGAGACACUUCGUUUGCGAGCUCCAGGAGUAAUAACUAGAAAAGUGAUGCAACCUCUGAAAAUUAAAAAUUACAUCAUUCCUUCUGGAGACAUGCUCAUGUUGUCACUUUACUGGGCACACAGGAAUCCCAAAUAUUUUCCUGAACCUGAAAAGUUUCUCCCCGAUCGAUGGAAAGAAGCAGUCAUGGAAAAACACAUUUUUUUGGAUGGCUUCAUGGCUUUUGGUGGAGGCAGAUAUCAGUGUCCAGGAAGAUGGUUUGCAUUGAUGGAGAUCCAAAUGUUUGCUGCUCUCAUGCUUUAUAAGUAUGAGUUUACUCUCUUGGAUCCUGUCCCAAAAGAGAGUCCGCUUCAUUUAGUAGGAACUCAGCAGCCACUGGGUCCUUGCAAAGUUGAAUAUAAAUCCCGAUGACCAUUAUUUGCUGUAAAUGCUACUGUGCCCAGUGUAAGGACUGCAGUCAAAAGUAGUUUUGAUAAUGUUUAAAAGCUCUGGGUAUAAUAUA